CAUCACCACCUUUCUUCAGCUUCCCUACCGCGGAGAGACCCACGACCUCUUCGUCCACUAGGCUCCUCGUCAAUCACCGCCUCGGUGUCCGAGUAGCCUCGGCGCUCUCUGGCUUCCUCUUGCACCAUGCCACCCGCAGAGUCAGCCAAACGCAAGCGCGAGUCCGUCGGUCAAACGAUUGUCACACUGAAGGCGGGGCCGGAGGGCGUCCCAUUCGACGUACACGGCGAGCUUCUAUGCUCAAGCUCGGAAUACUUCAGAGGCGCGUUCAAAGGAGGCUUCAAGGAGGCCGAGGAGCGGAGCAUCUCUUUGAGCGAUGUCCCUGUGCCUUUAAUGCGACAGUUCAUCCAAUGGCUGUACAAUGGGGUCAUAUUCCCAUCUACCGAUGGUAUUAUGACUUCGUUUGAGAAGCGACCUCUCGCAGAUAUCGAUCUUCUGGACGAACAUGAGCUACUGGAUCUGUAUGUCUUUGGCGAUGCUCACGAUAUUCCGACACUCCAGCAGGACACGCUCUCGAUGAUUCAACGCAUAACGAUCCUGAGGUUAGCGUCGAAGAAGGAAAACAUAUCAAUACAAUUCGUUCUGGACGCGUAUGAGAAGCUUCCUGAAACAUCACCGCUCUGCGAAUGGCUUGUGAACCACUUCGGCUGUACAUGGGACACCAGGAAACUCAGACCUGGAACGAACGACUACGCCCAUCUCCUCCGACUGCCCUGUAAAUUCUUUAUCGGAGUUGCUCUGGUUUCUCGAAGGAGAUUGUCGGAGUCGGAAGAGCAGAAAGAGCCACUGGAUUAUUUCAUGCCUGAAUUCCAUUGUAUUCUGGGAUGGAAUCGUUACUCCCCCCGACGCAACAUACAAAUCAAAUCACCCGCUCCCAUUGGACCCAAGUAUCUGUAUUCGUGCAGUCUUCAUGAGCGCUCUGAGUAUCCGCCCUGCCCAGCUUUGUCUUUGUACGAAGACGAGUCUUUUAGGGAGAAAUUCCGAAAGAUUGGUUCUCCUGCCACGGACACCAAGCAGCUGCCUUCCUCGUUUCCGAGCUGUGAUCUCUCCGUGUCCUCUUCUCCCAUGCCUCCCUCUUAAGGCUGUGGCACGAAUGAAGUAUGAAUGGGGAAUCGCAAUGGAUAUUUGCACGGAAGGAUAGGUGCGCGUCGGGAUGUAUGCAGGCAGAUACAAGGAAUAAGAAUGAUCUGGGAACGUGCGGCGAUCUUUUCGGACUUUUUCUACUCCUAAUUUCGGUAUGUUGGAAUCAAAAGUAGCAACGGCGCUGGAUAUCUGGUAAAAGGGCUGACGAAUGGUAAUGAAUGAUGAACUGCAAUGAUCUUUCGGUCUCCUCACUUAGGUUAAAUAAACAAAAGCAUACUGGUAUUGGU